GACAGUGUGACUGGUGACAGGUGACAGGUUUCUUAUCUGUCGCUGUCGAAAUCUCCUCCAUUUCCAUUGCUUUACCGGCGGUUGAUUUUGUAUCUCCUCCUUAUUAUCUGUGGAUUCAGUUAUAAACUAUAAUCUUAAGUAAACAUGGAAAAUAGUGAAGAGAACAACACAACCAAAACCAAACCGGAGUUCCUGCUUACUAGUGAAGUUGCAAAGAAAUUAAGAUGCUCUUUCUGCGGUUUGUAUCUCUCUUACCCUCCAAUAAAUAUGACAACUCAAGACGAAAGAGAAAAUAAAGUAAAGUACAAAUGUGGAAGAUGUUCAAUCAAAACUCGAUUCAACUUUAGAAACUCGUUGUAUGAAGACUUAGCGACGUACAUGAAAUUUCCCUGUAUUUACAAGGGCUGCUCUGAAACUGUGGACUUAGAGUCAGUUAGGGACCAUGAAAAGGAUUGUGAACAUCGAACAAUACCAUGUCUGGCGUCUGACUGUAAAGAAACCGUAUUAGAAGCAAACUUUGCCUCUCAUUUCAAGGAGAAGCACAAGAAACUAUAUCAUUCCGAAAAAAUAUUUAUAGAAAGUUUCCGUGGUACUGGCUUUGCUGUACUAGAGAAAGAUAAUGUGUGCUAUAUUUUGUUCUAUGAACUGAGUGUAGACACAUAUCGAUUCGCUUUAUGUGGUAUAAAAAACAAUGACAAACAAUUUGAAGUAGUUUUGAGAGCUAAAAAUAGUAAAAAUUCAGUUCAUUUAACUGAAAACAACAUUGUGUUGCAUAAUGAUCGUGUUUACUGUUAUAGAUGUCUUAAAGGAGAUUGUAAAUACGAGUAUCACUUAUAUUCUAGCUACAGACGAGGUAUGUUAAAGUAUGUUUAUGCAAAAAUUGAAAAGCCUAUUUUAAAACGUACAUUCGGUAGUGAUUAUUCUUGUACUGUAAAUGUUGUUGAAGUAAAAGCUGAAAAUGAGAAUGACAUAGAAGAUCUGCUUUUGGGGAAAGAUGUUGUUAUUGACGAAGUUACAGAAGAAGAUGAGAUAGAAGAAGAAAAACCUUCAGAGCCAACAAAAGCUGAUGCAUUGAAAAAUUUCCUGAAAUGUCCUGGUUGUGAGAUUCCCUUCACAGAACCCAUUUUCCAGUGUUUAAAAGGCCAUGCUCUUUGCAAAGAUUGCAAAGACAAGGCUGAUGGAGAUGGUUCCAAGUGUUUCUUUUGUGAUGCUCAUAUAGACAAUACAAGAAAUUACAUAGUUGAAGAAACAAUUGCCAAUCUAAAACUAAAUAAAGAUUCUCCAAGUACUUUCCAAGAUGCAGAAGUAGUGUGCCCAACAUCAAAGUGUCAUCAAAAAGUCAAACUAUCAGCUAUCAGCACUCAUUUCAAAGAGAGUCAUAUUGAAAAUUUCCAUUUCAAUAAAUUUUACUUAAAGAAUGUAUAUGGAUACUAUAACGUGGAAGUACUGGUUAAAAAUGAGAAAACCUAUCUUUUAUUCUUUGAUUUCGAUGACCAACAAUUUGGAGUUAGUGUAUGUUCAAUUGAAGACACUGACGAAACAUUUGACUUAAUGUUACUCUCAGAUAACAAGAAAUUUUUCAUAUUGGCUGAAGACCAGAAAAUUAUCAAAUUCAAUGAUAAAGAACAUUGCUUCAAAUGUUCAAGAGGAACUUGUAAAAUUUCGGACCACAUCUAUAAAGUAAAGAGAAAAGAAAUCUUCCGUCGGCUAACUACUAAGUUGAACAGAGAUGCCGUAAAAUACAGGACUAAUACUUUGAACUACCAGAUCGUACUAAAGGAGUACAAAGAAGAUAAAACAGAUAAGUUGAUUAAACAAUUAUUUGAAUGUCCCAUCUGCAAAGACUACAUGAUACCUCCAAUCCACCAAUGCAAAGCAGGACAUACUCUAUGCAAUGUUUGCAAGGCAAAGGUUGAAAAAUGUCCAUCGUGCGAGGGCAGUAUUGAAGACACUCGAAAUUUCAUCCUCGAAGACAUUGCAGAAGGCGUUGAAAUACCUUGCAGCUUUGAAUCUAAGAGUUGUAAAUUCAGAAGCGGAGUAAAGAGGAUGGCAACGCAUGAAUUGGAAUGUCCUUUGAAUAGCAAAAGACGAUGUGUAGAAGAGCCUAAGCCAUCUGAAGAAAAAGAUAAACCUAAUGAAGAAAGCACUGCGAAUGCAACUGAGGUGACCAAUAAUUCACAAGAAGAGACAACUACUUCUGAAGAUGUAGUCGAACUGUCGUUGAUGUAAAUGAAGCAGAAAAUCAAGCUUUAGCUGAAUUUAAUUAGGGAUAGAAUUUGUGCAGGUUUGACUUAAAUUAAUCGUGUAUGAAUUUUACUUUUAAAAAAUUAAUUAGAAGAAUAUUUCUGUAUAGUUUGCACAUUCAUUUGUGUUUUAUAAGGAUAAUAUACUUCUUUAAUAUUGUAUUUUGAUUAUUUCAGUAAAUAUAAUAUUUCACAUUA